AUGCAGCAUUAUCACACAUUGAGUCCUCAACAACAGCAACAGCUAAUACCAAUGCAGCUGCAACAUCAACAGCAGCAGCAACAGCUUUUGCAACAGCAGCAUCAGCAGAUGCCCCCAAACGCUAGACAUCACCAGCAUUCAGUGGGUCAUCCGAGUCACACUAUGACUAUUAAUCGAAAAAUGAUUGAGCAAAGUCACUAUAGUGAAGAUAAUCCGCCCCCACUGCCGCCUCUACGCAAUCCACAGAAAGCACUAGAAACAGUUCAAGCAAUACCAAGUCUAAACGAUAGUUCCGUCAAUGAACGCGAUAAGCAAAUUUAUAUUUGUUCUUCGUUAAAAAAUCCAAACAAUCAAAACUUGAACAACAAUGCUAGCAGCAGUAACAGCAGUAGCACUAACAGUCAAACGAACAAUUCUUGCAGUUAUCAAAACAAUGGGAACAACUCAUAUGGUACCAUGAAACCCACUAACAAUACAAUUAAAAAUCAAACUACGUUCAAUUCAACAGCAUCAACUACAACAAAACCACUAGCAUCAAUCAUUAACACACCACUACCGGCCAUUCCGAAAAAUUCACAGUCACUAGUCUCGAAAGAUGAAAUUUAUGUUAAACGCAAAUUGAUAGACCAAAAUAGUAAGUUUGCCACACUAAAAGCAAUUCCGCUUCCAAAAAUAGAGGCCCUGGAAAUUGAAGCUCAGAAGAAAAAAAAUACCCAACAGACAAAACAACAAAAUCUAUCAACUGGCACAGCUAAUGAAAAUACGAUGACUACGAUCACUGAUCCUUUACCAUCACCUCCCGUAACAACAAACGUUAAUACCAUGACCACAACCCAAAUUCAAUCUUUGCCCCUGCCGCUACCGCCACCCGAAUUAAUAGAGGAACCACUGCCUCCACCCCCGCCACCGGUUGAUGAAGAUGGGCAGAUUGUCUAUCACGACGAUUCCACGAAUAUGAACGUUGUCAAAAGUGAUUUAAAAGAGGUAAUCUACGCUACUAAAAAGAUUACAAAUACUCACACAAAUGGUGCAUCCAAUGGUAAUAACAGCGUAGCAUGUGGAAAUUGCACUGCGAACCCAACGAACACAAACAACAAUAGUGAUGAGAACAGUUUCUAUGCGGUUACUGAGUUGUAG